UUCGCGUACUCAGAGCCGGAAAUGCGCCGCAGCGGGCGAAGUUAAAAAUAAAAAUGCUGCUUGUAUAGCGUUCAGGUGUCACCGGGACAUUAACCGUUAGUUUGAUAAUAUCGGUAAUGCCCGCUGGUCUCCACACCCGCGUCCCUGAUGGGUUUAAUGCGGUGAGCGCGGAUGAAGUGGCCAAAUUGUGCUACGAGCGUUUCAGGCAGCUUCCCCCCAGAGGGAAGCCUGAGCCGGGCAGAGAGUGGACCCUGCUGGCCGCUGUGCUGCAGAUCACCCGCGGAGCUGACCCCCUCUCAGCUGCCAUGGAGGUCGUUUCCCUGGGAACUGGGACCAAAUGUAUUGGACAGACCUCCAUGAGUCCCAGCGGUGAUGUGCUUAACGACAGCCACGCAGAGGUCAUUGCCAGAAGGGGAUGUGUCAGGUACCUGAUCCAGGAGCUGCGCGGCGCCGUGAGCGGUCGGGGCAGCUCUGUGUUUUGUGCAGCAGAUGAGCGAGGAAAGUGGAGGAUUCGGCCGGGAGUUUCCUUCCUCCUCUUUAGCAGUCACACUCCCUGUGGUGACGCCUCCAUCAUCCCCGUGACCGACAGCCAGCCUCAGCCCUGCCUUCCUGUCACGUCGGUAAAGAGCCGUGAACGGAUGGAUGGAGGAGGAGACCUGAAAAGGAAAGCCGAGGAAUCUGGUGAGGAGCAGACCUCGAAGCUGCCUCGUGUGGAGGAGAAGGCAGAGACGAAGGAAGAGGACAGAGGAGACUCAGACUUGCUGAAUUUAAAGAGGAACUUCAAGGAAACAUCAGUGGAAACAGUCUCACCAUCAUCACAGCCAAAGAUAAAAGACGGCAGCUCCACAGACUUCGGUCGAACUGACCGUGCUGGGCUGCAUCAUCAGGUCCCAGACAUUCACAGAACGGGGGCCAAGUGUGUACCGGGAGGCCCGGCCGACCCUCUGCAGCCUGGGGUGGGGUACCACAGCACGGGGGUUCUGCGGGUGAAGCCCGGCAGAGGAGAGUCGACUCUCUCCCUCUCCUGCAGUGACAAGCUGGCCCGCUGGGGGGUGCUGGGCUUCCAGGGUGCCCUGCUGUCCCAUUACCUGCAGGAGGCGCUGUACUUCAGCACGGUGGUGGUGGGGAAGUGUCCGUAUGACCAAGAAGUCAUGCAGAGAGCUUUGGUCACGAGGUGCUCCCAUGUGUCGGACCUCCCCGCCGGUUUCUCUGUGCGUCCUCCUGAGCUGCUGCAGUCAACCUUGGAGUUUCCCUUCAGCCAAGCCCAAACUGAGCUCCAACACCAGGCCGGUCAGGGCCGCAUCUCCCCCUGCGGGGCAGGAACAAAGGUUGGCCUCGAGCACAGAAGCUUCUUCUACUUGCAGUUCAGACCUUCUGUUUGUGAGGAGCAGCCAAUCAAAUUUGACUUAAAGGCAGGGGGGAGAGAGCUAAAACAGCUUGUUUCAGUGGAGGAACUGAGCAGAAGAUAAUAAAGGAUUUCACAUCAAGAGGCUCUGCCAGAAUUCAUUAAAUGUCUUUUAAUGAUGUUUGUAAUUAAUUUUUUAAUUGUCUUUUAUGUUCUUUUAAUUGCUUUAAUUAUUUUUCCUGUGGUUUAAAUUAGUGUUUUAAUUUGCUCGGUGCUGGUUGAAGUGAUGGCCGCUCCACCUCUGACCAGCAGUUGUAGCUCAGGAGGUAGAGCAGGUCAUCUACUAAUCAGAAGGUCAGUGGUUUGAUUCCUGCAUGCCGAAGUAUCAUUGGGCAAGAUACUGAACCCUGAGUUGCUCUCUGACGUGUUCACGGAGUGUGAAUGUCACACAGAGAGCAUGUAGGUGUAGAAAAAAGAGCUUGUAUGAAUGUGUGUGAAUGAGGUGUGUUCAGUGUGUGUCUGAGGUUUUGGUUGUUACA